AUGACCAGGCUGCCCCCACUCCACUCCACCAUGGAUGACCAGGCUCUUCCCACUCCAGUGGAUGACCAGACUCCCUCCACUCCACCAGUGGAUGACCAGACUCACUCCACUCCACCAGUGGAUGACCAGACUCCCCUAACUCUACCAGUGGAUGACCAGGCUCCUCCCACUCCAGUAGAUGACCAGGCUGCCCCCACUCCACCAGUGGAUGACCAGACUCCCCUAACUCUACCAGUGGAUGACCAGGCUCCUCCCACUCCAGUAGAUGACCAGGCUGCCCCCACUCCACCAGUGGAUGACCAGACUCCCCUAACUCUACCAGUGGAUGACCAGGCUCCUCCCACUCCAGUAGAUGACCAGGCUGCCCCCACUCCACCAGUGGAUGACCAGACUCCCCUAACUCUACCAGUGGAUGACCAGGCUCCUCCCACUCCAGUGGAUGACCAGACUCCCUCCACUCUACCAGUGGAUGACCAGGCUCUUCCCACUCCAGUGGAUGACCAGACUCCCUCCACUCUACCAGUGGAUGUCCAGGCUCCUCCCACUCCAGUAGAUGACCAGGCUGCCCCCACUCCACCAGUGGAUGACCAGACUCCCUCCACUCUACCAGUGGAUGACCAGACUCCCUCCACUCUACCAGUGGAUGUCCAGGCUCCUCCCACUCCAGUAGAUGACCAGGCUGCCCCCACUCCACCAGUGGAUGACCAGACUCCCUCCACUCUACCAGUGGAUGACCAGGCUCCUCCCACUCCAGUAGAUGACCAGGCUGCCCCCACUCUACCAACUCCCUCCACUCUACCAGUGGAUGACCAGACUCCCUCCACUCUACCAGUGGAUGACCAGGCUCCUCCCACUCCAGUAGAUGACCAGGCUGCCCCCACUCCACCAGUGGAUGACCAGACUCCCUCCACUCUACCAGUGGAUGACCAGACUCCCUCCACUCUACCAGUGGAUGACCAGACUCCCUCCACUCUACCAGUGGAUGACCAGACUCCCUCCACUCUACCAGUGGAUGACCAGGCUCUUCCCACUCCACCAGUGGAUGACCAGACUCCCUCCACUCUACCAGUGGAUGACCAGACUCACUCCACUCCACCAGUGGAUGACCAGGCUCUUCCCACUCCACCAGUGGAUGACCAGACUCCCUCCACUCUACCAGUGGAUGACCAGACUCCCUCCACUCUACCAGUGGAUGUCCAGGCUCCUCCCACUCCAGUAGAUGACCAGGCUGCCCCCACUCCACCAGUGGAUGACCAGACUCCCUCCACUCUACCAGUGGAUGACCAGACUCCCUCCACUCUACCAGUGGAUGUCCAGGCUCCUCCCACUCCAGUAGAUGACCAGGCUGCCCCCACUCCACCAGUGGAUGACCAGACUCCCUCCACUCUACCAGUGGAUGACCAGACUCCCUCCACUCUACCAGUGGAUGUCCAGGCUCCUCCCACUCCAGUAGAUGACCAGGCUGCCCCCACUCCACCAGUGGAUGACCAGACUCCCUCCACUCUACCAGUGGAUGUCCAGGCUCCUCCCACUCCAGUAGAUGACCAGGCUGCCCCCACUCCACCAGUGGAUGACCAGACUCCCUCCACUCUACCAGUGGAUGACCAGGCUCCUCCCACUCCAGUAGAUGACCAGGCUGCCCCCACUCUACCAGUGGAUGACCAGACUCACUCCACUCUACCAGUGGAUGACCAGACUCCCUCCACUCUACCAGUGGAUGACCAGACUCCCUCCACUCUACCAGUGGAUGACCAGGCUCCUCCCACUCCAGUAGAUGACCAGGCGGCCCCCACUCCACCAGUGGAUGACCAGACUCCCUCCACUCUACCAGUGGAUGACCAGACUCCCUCCACUCUACCAGUGGAUGACCAGACUCCCUCCACUCUACCAGUGGAUGACCAGACUCCCUCCACUCUACCAGUGGAUGACCAGGCUCUUCCCACUCCACCAGUGGAUGACCAGACUCCCUCCACUCUACCAGUGGAUGACCAGACUCACUCCACUCCACCAGUGGAUGACCAGGCUCUUCCCACUCCACCAGUGGAUGACCAGACUCCCUCCACUCUACCAGUGGAUGACCAGACUCCCUCCACUCUACCAGUGGAUGUCCAGGCUCCUCCCACUCCAGUAGAUGACCAGGCUGCCCCCACUCCACCAGUGGAUGACCAGACUCCCUCCACUCUACCAGUGGAUGACCAGACUCCCUCCACUCUACCAGUGGAUGUCCAGGCUCCUCCCACUCCAGUAGAUGACCAGGCUGCCCCCACUCCACCAGUGGAUGACCAGACUCCCUCCACUCUACCAGUGGAUGACCAGACUCCCUCCACUCUACCAGUGGAUGUCCAGGCUCCUCCCACUCCAGUAGAUGACCAGGCUGCCCCCACUCCACCAGUGGAUGACCAGACUCCCUCCACUCUACCAGUGGAUGACCAGACUCCCUCCACUCUACCAGUGGAUGACCAGGCUCUUCCCACUCCAGUAGAUGACCAGGCUGCCCCCACUCCAACAGUGGAUGACCAGGUUGCCCCCACUCCACCAGUGGAUGACCAGGCAGUCUCACCCGUCGACGACCAGCCAGUCUCACCAGUGGACGACCAGGGACAAUCACAGCCACCAGUGGAUGACCAGACUGCAGAUAUGCUGUCUGUCAAAGUGGGGGAUUUUGUGCGGGUGACUAUCCUGCCUAUCAGUGGAAAAUUGGGCAAUGGCAAAGUUUUUGUUGCAUUUGUCAAGAAUGUGAUGGCCAAUGAAGGAAAGGCGCAUGUCAGCUUCCUCAGGAAGACCCAAAGUGGUCACUAUGUUUAUCCGACUGUUGAAGACGAAUCUAUUGUUCUUUUCUAUAAAAUUAUCAACAUCUUGCCAGAACCACGGUUCAACAGACGUGAACACUUUUAUUUCGAUAUCUAAUCAAAGUUAAAUUGAUUUGUACUGUUAAUGAAUAUUAUUUCCACUGUGCUUCCUAUCAAUUGUGAUAGUGGAUUCUUGUUUGCAUUGUCAUCUAUUUAACUGUUUAAGUAGUUGGGGGGAAAAGGUUCUCUAAUAUCAUCCUUGCAGCUGUCUUGUAGUUUUUAAAAUUAAGCAUUUCAAUCCAUCUUGAUUACAAUGACACAGCAUUAAUCGAUGAGCGUUAUAAUAACACAGUAAAAAUAGAUUUCUUAGCAAUGAUCAUUAGUACUACUAAUAAUAAUUAUACUGAUAAUCUUAUAUUAUAUCCCUACACUUGUUAUACCAUGCAAUUCAUUUUUAUUGUAUGUACACAAAUUGCUGAAAUGUCCUGAAUACUGAUAUUUCAAUUGAAUGCUGAUAUUUCAAUUGCAAUAUGGCCUAAGUGUAAAUAAAGUUCUGUUUUGAUUUUAUCAGUAAUACUGGGGAUAAGUAAUGAUGAUUUCCUAGGCUGAAAUAUUGAAUUAAGUUUUUUGUGUUCAGUAAAUUGUCAUUUUUGCUUUAUUGUGUCCAAGUUAUAUGCGGAACAUAUCUUGUUUAAAUCAAAUUUCUUAAUUUACAGAAAAUGGAUAUUGGCUAAAUGCAUGCAAUAACACUGCUUUGUAUAUAGGAUCAUUCCUUUCUCCCAGUAUCCUAUCAAAAAAAUUCUUGUUCCGCAUAUAACUGUGUCUUUUAUUAUUAUUUUUUUUUAAAUGUUGUUUUACAAGAAAGUUAUUAAAAUUAAAUGCUUUGAAUAAAAAAAAACUUCAUUUCAAGUUUUCUUUGUGUCAUUUUGGGGGUUUUCUGCCUUUAACAACUUAAUAAUUUACAAAUUGAGGACACCACGUUAUAUGCAUAACUAUCUCGAUUCGGGUUAUUUCACAUCCACUCAAAGUCAAAAUAUGUAUCUCCAAGGUCUCCUCAGUAAAUAUUUAUGGAGUUUAGAGACUUAAUCAAACAAUCAAUGUUAUAAAUACCGUAACUUGUUUGAAAGUAUUUUGUUUUUAGCAACAAUGUAACACUUUUGGGACCCAUGAUCUGAACUGUGCACAGAUAGAAAAUGAUUAUUCAAGUAGCUAUUUUGAGUCAUGUUAGGAGUAAAAGUCUACUCGAUAUUAAAAGGUAUACAAACCAGUGAAAUGUUCUCAACAGUAAAGAGUAUAUGCACAAGUAAAGAGAAUACACUGAUUGUCAAAGAAUAGCUAUUUAGUUUAUUACUAUAGAUAAUCCGGUAUACAUAUUGUAGUAUAAGUAUUGUGUUUG